UUGACGAGUAGUGCUGGAGAGGAUGUUAUUCUUGCAAUGAACACCUUUAUUAAGCGACUUUUAGCUGUUGCAGAUCUGGAACAAAUGAAGACAAGCAUAACAGAGACCAGUGCAGCAGAACUUGCCAAACUGCUUUAUUGGCUAAUGGUGGUUGGAUACAGCAUUCGCAACAUUGAAGUUCGAUUUGAUAUGGAAAGAGUGCUUGGUACACCAUCAAAGCUUGCAGAGUUACCUCCCGGAGAAAACAUUUAAUCACUUGCAUGCAUGGAAGUACCAAAAAUAUACGUUAUGACAUUGGUAGAGCACAAUAAUCUACUGCUGGAUUGAUUAUGCGAUGAAGCUGGCGGACAUUUUUGUUCUCAUCCAUGAAAGCAGCAAAAGGCUAAUUGCAGAACUAAACUACCAGAAAGUGCAAUUGAGGCGAUAGCGAAAGGAUUGAAAACCCAAAUGUACAAUGUCCUCUCGAUUGGCUGGAGCUCCAAGAAAUUGAUAGAAGCUGUGACUUCAACAAAUUUUCAUUUUUAACUUGCACUUAUGAAAUCUCCAUGUGGAUACAUGACCAUCGGGGACAUGUCUGCUCUUUGACAUUAUAUAUUGUUUUUUUUAAUUAUUAUUAUUGGAUUACUAUUUGUGAAUUGACAGAAAAAAAGGUGGCAGAUGGAUGAGGCAACUUUCCCCAUUACAAUGUCGCGGCGUAGACAAGAAACGACGAUCUUCCCAAGUUUGAAUGUUUUUUAUUUUUUAUUAUUAUUUUUUUUAAAAGGCCCUUAAUUGUCUUGUAAUGAGCUGUUAGCCUCGAGAAUGAGUGUUUUAACUAGACAAAAUAUAUAAAUUGGAAUGGAGAAUAUAACAAGAACCGUCUCAUGUUUUUAGGUUAUCCUGUUCCUAGUUAUCGACGUAGUGCUCCAAUGUACUUGCUUUUAGGUUUUAAAUAGCAGCCAUGAACGCAUGAUAAGCUUAGUGUACUUGAAAGAUGGAGAUUGAAGUCUUUUCCAGAGAAAGUAUCAAACCACCUUCUCUGACCCCUAGUCACUUGAGAACUUACAAGCUUUCUCUUCUAGACCAGCUUAUGCCUUCUGCACACGUUCCCAUCAUCUUUUUUUAUAGGCCAAUCGAUCAACCUGUCAUUCCUGCAAGAUUACAACGGCUAAAACACUCUCUAUCACAAGCCUUAACUUCUUUUUACCCAUUUGCCGGAAAAAUCAAGGAUGACCUUUACAUAGAUUGCAACGACGACGGUGUUUCUUACACUGAGGCCAAGGUCAGCAGUUUUCUGUCAGACAUUCUUGGACAUCCUGAUACCAAAACAAUAUUUAAGUUACUUCCUGAUGAUUCCUACUUGUUGGAAACAUAUAACGAAGGAAAUGGAAUUCCUGUGGCAAUGAUUCAAGUCAAUGUUUUUAAGUGCGGUGGGAUUGCUAUUGGGACAAAAACGUCACACAAGAUCAUAGAUGGUCCAACGUCAACUUCCUUCCUCAAAGCCUGGGCAGCCAUUGCUCGCGGUUCAGGUGAACUAGUUGUGCAGCCUAGUUUCACUGCACCUUCUUUAUUCCCACAAAAUCAUUCUCUGCCAAAAGAUACAUUAUUGGCUGUAUGGCCUUCAUUGGUAAAGUUUGGCAAAGGUGUUAUGAAAAGAUUUGUGUUUGAUUCUUCUGCCAUAGCCACUCUUAAGGCUAGAGCUUCCAGUUCUUCAUUUGUACAACGGCCAACUAGAGUAGAAGCUGUCUCUGCUUUCAUUUGGCAAUGCACAAUGGUUGCUUCUGAAAAAAGAAAUGGCUCGUAUAAACCCUCUGUUUUGUCUCAUACAGUGAACCUGAGAGGAAAGAAGACAGUCCAUUUGCCUGAAAGUUCAGUUGGGAAUCUUCUUUGGAUGUCGAUCGCAAAAUGUUGCACAGAGGCAGAGAGAGAAUUGCAUGUUCUUGUGGGCCUUCUAAGAGAAUCCAUUUUAAAAAUUGAUAGUAAUUUUGUUCAAAAACUAAGUGGUGAAGAAGGGUUUUAUAAGGUUUGUGAGUGUCUGCAAGAAUUCAGUGAAGUGUAUUCUAAUGCAGGAGCUGAUUACUUGACAUUUAGCAGCUUAUGCAAGGUUGGAAUUUAUGAAACUGAUUUUGGGUGGGGAAAGCCUAUUUGGGUGAGCCCUGGUGGAGUUAUUGGACCAGUGUUUCAAAAUCUGGUGUUCUUGAAUGAAACAAGUGGUGGUGAUGGAAUUGAAGUUUGGUUGACCUUAGAUGAACAAGAUAUGGCUAUUUUAGAACUUGAAACACAUAUACUCUCAUUUUCUUCCUUGGACCCAAGUCCCCUUCAAUUAUGUAAUUAGUUCAUCUUUAAUCUGCAUUUUAUUCAAGAAUAAUUAAGAUUUGGAAAAAUA